AUGACGCUACGACAACAUUUAUACAAAGUAUCCUUAGCAGAACAUAGCUUAGCGGUUCCAAACGGCCCGGUGAAUAGCAUCGCAGAAGCUGUCCCGAGCCCUGACGACAAGGCAAAUACGAGAAGCCAGCAAACCCGUCAAGCGUCAGACAUGAGUGAGAGGAAAGGUCCAGCCAGCUUACCAAAAGGCGAGUAUGGCUUAGCUCCGGCUACGGAUGUCGCAGCAGAUAUGCUCCGGAGCUUUCCCAGUGUACGGGUUGGUCUCCUCGUCGGCAUAGCUGGUGGCGUCCCCAAUGAGGAGCAGGAUAUUCGUCUUGGUGACGUCGUAGUCAGUGCGCCAUAUGACAGGGAGAGUGGCGUUUUCCAGUACGAUUUCGGCAAGAUUCGGCAAGUGCUCGAAAUGGAAGCAAAUCAUGAGCUCAAGGCUGAGAGCCGCCGGCUGUACCGAAUCGACUUUGUUCACCCGAGCGACAGAACCAGCUGCGAGGAAUGCUGUGGCAAUGAACUCACGAGACUGCGACAACGAGAGGAGAGGGACCAUGGGGAAGAUAACACCCAGAUUCACUACGGGCUAAUUGCCUCAGCGAAUAGCUUAAUGAAAGAUGCGGUUAUCCGAGAUAAAUUCUCAAGGGAAAAAAAUGUCUUAUGCUUUGAAAUGGAAGCAGCAGUCUUAAUGAACCGCUUCCCCUGCCUUGUUAUUCGCGGUAUUUGCGACUACUCUGAUUCUCAUAAAAAUAAGCAGUGGCAGGGCUAUGCGGCAAUGGCGGCAGCAGUAUAUGCAAAGGAUCUUCUCUUAUGCGUACCUCCACAGACAGUGGUUAAUGAGAAGAAGAUUCAAGACCUGCUUGAUGAUAUAUCAAAUACGGUCACUAAAACGGCAAAAGAUACUGGCAUGAUUAGAUCUGCAGUGGAUAAUGACAAGAGCGGAAGGAUUCUAAAAUGGAUUACAGCAACUGAAUACUUUCCUGAUUUUGACUCAAACAUUAAAAUACGAGCAGGUAACACUGGAGACUGGUUUUUAAAGUCUCCUGAGUUUCAGGAGUGGGUUUCGGGCAAUAAGCAGACAUUAUUUUGUCAGGGGGCGCGGAGGAAGGGAAUUAUCGGAAUCGCAUCUAUAUUCUGCAUUUUUCAACAAAAAGACCGGCAAAUCACGCAAGAUGUGCUACCUAGUCUGGUGAAGCAGCUAGCUCGAGCUCGGCCUACUCUGCCAGAUAACAUCAAGUCCCUUUACGAAACGCAUAACAAUCAGGCACCAACGCAACCGAAUUCUAAUGAACUUCUUACUGUCCUCAAGGGUUUAGUUGGAAUAUAUUCAAAAGUGUUUAUUCUUAUCGAUGCACUUGAUGAGUGCCAAGCGGACGAGGGUGAAAGUCGAAAAUCCUUUCUAGAUCAGCUGUUUAAGCUUCAGAACGCUACCUGCACAAAUAUACUUGCAACUUCACGACAUAAUAGUGCAAUACAGGAGAAGUUUGGUGGAAGAAGCAAGAUUUUGGAGUUCCGAGCCCACGACGACGAUGUUGAGUUCGACGGUCCUUAUGGGCUUCAGGAUAGCGAUGACCCUUGGGAGCGUAAGAAUUACGUCCCUAACAGUCUUGAGCACAUUAACAACACCAAGGGGCUUGAUAGUGACGACUCUAAUUGGCUUGGUCGUCUUUUAUUUGAUUGGGAACGACACGAGAUUGACAGGAUACCGCUGCUGUGCUGUAUCAAUUAUGGACAUGAGGGCAUCUACAAGCUCCUGGUCGAAAAAGGCGUGAAUCCAGAGCUGUACGGACUGCCACAUUCCCCAAUUGAAAUGGGCACAUGGUGGCGUCCAACAAAUCUAUUCACAGCUGCUGAACAGGGGAAUUUGGAUGCUGUUUCCAAUCUCAUCGUCAAAGGUGCCAAUCUGGAGUGCGCUGUCUACACUCGCAGUACCAGAUAUGGUAAUUUACAAUGGCAGACACCGCUUUCACGCGCCGCGGAACAAGGCCACAUGGCCGUUGUGACGCGACUUCUCGAAAUGGGCGCCAACUUGGAGGGAGGAGGCGCUCCAAACCCGGAAUUUCCAGCGCCAACACCGUUAUGGUGUGCAGCGAAAGAAGGACAGCAGGAUAUGUUCGAGCUGCUGGUUCAGAAGGGCGCCAAGCUGCAGAGCGUCGUUGGACGGCAGCCGUACAGCUACUACUUGAUAAAGGUGUUGGCCUUGACUCUAGGGAUACAAGUGAUCGAACACCCUUGCUUCAUGCAGUGGCCGGCGGUCAUGUCGCAGUCGUCAGGCUGCUAUUACAGAAGAAUGCCAACGUUGCCGUGGCGGACACGAAUCUUGGCAAUACACCACUACAUGAUGCCCUUCGACGCGGUUGCGUUAGUAUCAUUGAGCUUUUGCUUGGCCAAGGCGCAUGUCUAG